AUCGAUGAUUAGCUGAGAUUUUGAGCUUUUUCUUUUCUCUUUCUUUUUCUCUUUCUUUUCACAUGCUUGUUUGUUUUGAUUAAUUUUUUCCCUUUCAUUGUUAAUUGUUCAACUAAUUUAAAUCGAAGAGUGUUAUUGGUAAUAUGAAUCGUUUCGGUUCUUUACUCGGUCAAUAUGGAGCAACUUUAUCCAAGAAAGAUGUUGAUAUUUUGAGAGAAAUUGAUUCACUUGAUGGAAAAUCGUCCAUUUUAAAAUACAAUCCAUUCAUUUGGGGAGAAGCUGCUCCAAUUUUCUAUGCAUCCAUUGGUGAUACUCGACAUUCUCUAUUUCAAAUUCCUAAAUCAAACCAUGUCAUGGGCCAAUAUAAAAGAGAUCAAAUGAUUAAAACCUUGGAACAAUUUCCACUUGAUCUUUCAUUAGAUUUAACUGAUGAUCACCAUGAAGAUCGACCAGAUUUAUACGAUCCACGUUAUAUUCUCACCUCUUUAUACCAUUUACUUGGACCCGAAAAUGCUGUUAAUUGUAAUCAAAUAAUCAAAUCGUUUGGUCUUUCAAUCGCUCUCGUUGGUACAUCAAGUGAAAUCAUUUCCAUGAGACAUUUAAGUUACCUGGUUUUGGAGCGAUUACUUUUCCAUUUGGAAGCCUCUAAAUCACUAUCAGCAGUUUACUUUUGGACUCAUUUUAUUGAUUGUUUUAGAGCUUCAAUGUCCUCACCUAAUCAAAAGAUGCCUUUCCUGUUAACAUCGUUAUUGGUUAAAAUUAUUGAGACAAUUGAUACACCAAAGGAUUCAAUGUUUUAUGAGCUGAAAGAUUUUGUCACCGCUAAACCAAAAUUUGAUUGUGAUCAAAUAUCAUCUCUAUUUAUUAAUCUAUUAUUAAGCAAAGAUUUAGAAUGGAAAAAGUGUCAACGUUUUGUGUUAAAUCUAUUGGCAAGAUCGGUACGAAGUGAACAAGACUUUGAAAUAUGUAAAUGUAACAAUUUAUUCAAUUACAUUUUAUCAAUAUUUACAAGUAAAUGGGUUGAUUGGUUGGACAGAAUUUUAAUUAUUCAAUUUAUCAAGAAUUGUUCAAGAAUACCCAAAGUUUUGACAAUAUUGGUCAUUGAAAGUGGACUGAUUGUUUGGUUAACCAAUAUUGUAAUGACAUCUUAUAGAUCCAUGGGUUCAAGUCAACGGAAGGAGAUAACUGAACUAAUUGAAAUUAUCCGAUUAACCUGUAAAUCAACUGAUCUUCCUAAAAAUAGUUAUAAAAAGCCACUGAUGUUGAUAAAAUCUGUAAUCAAGACGAUCAAUGAUCAAGAACCAGCACCAGAAUCAAUUUGAUUAGCCAAUACCCUUUGCCCUUUAAUUGAUGAUGGUUAGAAAAAGUGAAACAACGAUUGAAACAACAAUCAAAUUGAUUGAUUAAACUAAUUGGAUAAACUUA